AUGGAGCAGAUGAACACUCGCAUUAACGAUCUCUCACUCGACCAGCAACAGGCUGAAUUGAUCCCAGAAGUAUUAGAUCAGCGAUUGCUAGUGGAGAUAGAUGCUUUAUGUGAUCGCUACCUGUGUCCUUACCGAAUGGUCGAUCCUUUGAAAUGUGCAGUGCAUGUGAGCAGCGUUAUGAAAGUUGGUGAUGUCACUACUAUCGCAGUAUCCUUGAAAGAUUCCGAGGGCGAUGGGUGUCGUCUUCAGCAGUGUGUCACUCUAGAGCUUUGCUGCAUUAGAUUUGGGGAGAAGCUCGCUGGAAAAGUUGUAGAGCAGAGUCCCUCAUCCUAUGAAUCACGUAUCUCUCCCAAUGUGCGAACUAGGGGACAAUGUCAGGUAGUAGCGAAGGUGAAUGAUAUAGCCAUUGGAAGUAAGCCAAUUGCUGUUUUGGUGGAGUGCCCACCUCACAUGUUGGGUGAACCGGUGCACAUAAUCAACGAUAUCCAACAGCCAGGGUGUCUGAAGAUCUACAAUACGCGCAUGUUUUGCCGAACAGCAGAAGGAGUCUGUAUUUUAGACCUGGAGAACAUCAACAAGCCACUGGUUAAGAGUGGAAUUUUCCCAAGAGAUGGAAAAAUCGAGAGCUGGUGGCCAUCAGAAAUGCUUGUUUAUGGUACACACUUGCUUGUUAGUGACCCAAGGAACGGCAAAGUGCACAAGUUCAGGCUUGAUGGGCAAUAUGUAAGGUCUACAGCGACAAACAAGGACAACCUUCAGACUCCCAAUGGCCUUAGCAUGUCCCCGAGUGGCAUGCUCUAUGUAUGUGACAGUGACAGACACUGCAUCCAUGUGUUCAACCCUGACCUUACCUUUUCUUCUACUUUUGGAUCCCAUGGAAGCAUACCAGGGCGCUUCUGUUGGCCUGACAACAUUGCUUUUGAUUCCAGCGGAAACUUCUACGUUACGGACUACAGCAAUGACCGUAUUCAGUGUUUUUCACACAAUGGUACUCUCAAAUGGUACACAGAAACAACAGCAGGUCUAAAGGAACCGAAUGUUAUGCACAUCGUUGAAAACGAGAUAUUUGUUACCGACUUAGGUGGUGUGUCAGUGUUCACCACAGAAGGUCACUUCAUAACUCGCUUUGCUAGCAUGUGUGCCGCUUCAGAAUCAAAAAGUAGUGCUGACGGGAUUGCUAUAGAUUCGGAUGGGUUUGUAUUCGUUUCUGAUACUCCUAGAAAUAGGAUCGUUAUUUUCUAA